CAUCUCUGUCUCCGUCUCUCUCUGUCUCUCGCCCAGUCCAGGUGUCCAUCUGUUGGACUGACAGACCUGUUAGUGUCACCCGUAGUGUUGGUGUUGGUGUUAGUAACGCUUUCCCAAUCCUAAUCCCAGGCCAGGGCUGCCCCGUGCCACCCUUCGCCUGUCGCCGACUCAUCCCCAUGUCUUGCUGCCCCCCGUCUCGCGACUCAACUCCCAGUCUCUCCCACUCUUUCUCUCCACUUCAUCUCCAGUCUUUUCGCCGUCCCUCGCUCUGCCUCUGUCUUUCUCCCGCAACGCUCUUUGCAUCGUCGCUCGCUUUUUAGGUCAGGCUCCUCCAGCCCAGUCACUCUUUUACACCUCCUCGUCACGAUCACACGUCCAGAGUACUCGUCUCUCUCUCUCUCUCUCUCGCUCCGUCGAUACUCUCGUUGUUCGUCGUCGAUUCACUCGUUCCGCGUCGACUUUGCGCUCACUCCCAACCCACAACCACCAUUGAGUCUAUUGUCCUUCGGAAAUUUCGAGAAAAGACUCCAAUCGACCGACUACCCGAUCGAAUCAUUUUCAAUCACCACUGAACCCCCCGGCAAAUCCGCUAUCGCAAUGCAUAUCCGCUCACUCGCCUCUGUGGCCUUCGUGGCCUUCGCCGCCCAGGCUUUCGCGCAACAGCAGACCAAGAUCUUCAAGCGCAGCAUCACCGCCGGAAGAGAUUUGGGUCUCAUGCGCCGUGCCGACGACGGUUACCAGCCUGCCGACGAAGUCUGCAACAAGGGUGGUAACACCUGCGCUGAGGCUUGCGGAACCGGCUAUGAGCAGUGCAAGUCCACCGACCAGGCCGUCCACUGCUUCAACCCGGCCGCCGGCGAGACUUGCUGCUCAACCACCACCGGAAACUCCUGCUUGUCAUCUUUCUACUGCACCCACGGCAGCAACAGCGACACGACCUGCUGCCCCAACGGCAUGAACCUCGCCGACUGCGCCGCAAAGCACGGCGUUAGCGGCCUCACCUCUGACCCACCCGUCGUCGCGAGCACUUCCGUUCCUCCCACCACCAGCAAGACCACCCCUCCCCCGACCACCAGCUCAACGCCGGCGCCGCCUACCACCACGUCUUCCGUCGUCGUCACCACUUCCAGCACUCCCGCCCCUUCGUCCACCCUCGCCCCCUCCACGUCUGCAGUGCCCAGCACUACCGAGGUGACCACCGAGGUCUCAUCUACUUUUGUUCCCAGCGCCGGUACCAGCACAGCCUUCGCCUCCAGCAACGGCACCACCCUGGCCACGACAUCGACUCGCUCCAGCGCGAGGAGUACCGUCCUCCCCUCGGCGGCGACCACCUCGGCAUCCGCCCCCAAUCAGAACGCCGGAAGCAGCAACGGGCCCGCCGGCAUGGCGGUCCUCCUCGGUGCCGCCUUCGUCGCUGCGCUGCUCUAAUUCUUUACGACUGGCCCAUUUGGAAGCGUUGACCUGGCAUUGACUCUAAUAUGCUGCCUCAAGCAAUCUCAUCUGUCAAUACCAGCGUCAGUGUGCCAUGUGUCACGAGUAUAAUGAAAACGAAAGCAGCUGGCGGAAGGAAGUCGAUCCACGUGCUCUGUUGGGAUGUUUAAUGUUGGCCGGAACUUUUUGCUGAUGCUUACGAUUCCCCUGAUCUACUCGAAAUGUACGGAGCGGCUUGAUGAACCUUUGAUGUGUUUUUUUUGCGAUGGUGUUUCUGGAGAGACGAAAGAAAAAGAUGGAUGGUUUGGAGAUUUGUAUUCGAUCAGCGCUUUAUAUCCUGUUUUUGUGUUUUGUGAACAGCGUACCUUACUUUGCGCUGUUUACCCUGUACUUACGAUUCCCCCUUUUUUUUCAUUUUGGGCGAGCUUGGGAGACCUCAUAUAAUAUCCCGAGCUCGAUGAAAGACCCAAAAAAGUAUCAUAAACCUUAAUAUCCUUCUGGGACAAGACAAUAACAUCACAACAUUGCACGC